UCAGUUCGUACGGAAAUUUCUCUUACAUGUGUAAUGUGAAUGCCAUUUAUAGUUAAAUUAUAUACUUCAGUCCUUCAUUCUGAAUGUGCAUUAUUUGAACACUUAGUAAUAUGAGGAUACUCUUCGGACUUUCGGAGUUUGUUUAUAGUGCCCGAGUAGCGAUAUUCAUUUGUUCAGGCUUGUAUGUUUCGAAAGUGGGCGCUGAGAUAUUUUGUUUAUAUCAUCCAUCGAAUAUAUGUGUGAUUUGUUGUGCAGUGUGUUUUUCAGUUGUGACACAGGUUCGUUAUCUCCCAAUAAUGUAAAAUGAGAUUAAAACCCUUUCGUGUAAAUAAGAAAUGGAUAUUGUUAUUUUCUGUGACUAUGUGUUUCUUCGGCUAUUUCGGGCUGUUCACUCAUUUAUUUGAACGAGAUUAUAAAAGCAGCUUCAGCUACCCGUAUGAGGGUGAUAUACGACGUUUUGUAGACCAGCUUAAGAAUAACGAAACACCUGACGUUAAGCCAAUCAAUGUGUACAAUUAUAGUUUCAUUUCUGCGUGCACGAAGAAGUGUAGCACUCCAGACAAAGAAGUCCUUCGAAUAGUAUACAUUGUAAAAUCUGCACUGCCUAAUUUCCAUCGCCGAAAGGCAAUACGAGAAACGUGGGGAUUUGAAAAGAGAUUUUCUGACGUGCAAAUCAGAACAGUUUUUGUUCUUGGUGUGACUGCAGAUGAUCGAAAACUGCUACAAGAAGUUCAGAAAGAAAGCGCAAGACAUGGUGACAUUGUGCAGGCAAACUUCAUCGAUGAUUAUUUCAAUAACACUAUUAAGACAAUGAUGGGAAUCUCAUGGGCUUUCACAUAUUGUCCCAAUGCGCAAUUCUAUUUUUUCAGUGAUGAUGACAUGUAUGUAUCAACAAAGAAUGUAUUGAGGUUUAUACGGAAUCCGGCUCACUACCCGGAAUAUUUAGAGACUCCUGUCAUUUCACUAAGGAGACGCGAAAAACGGAACGUAAUUGAAGGACGUACCUCACACGACAUGCAAUACAAUACUUCUGGUCAGAUGAUGCGACGCUUACAUCAAUUUCAAGAUUUUGAAUUGGCUGACGAUGUUGUUUUAUUUGCAGGGUAUGUAUUUGUAUCUUCGCCUCAGAGACAUUUUAGCAGUAAGUGGUAUGUACCAUUGUCGGAAUACCCAUAUAAUAUGUGGCCCCCGUACGUCACUGCAGGAGCAUACAUUCUUUCCCGCAACGCCCUAAUUGACAUGUAUUAUGCUAGUCUGUACACAAAACAUUUCCGAUUUGAUGAUAUAUACUUGGGAAUUUUGGCAAAAAAGUUGGGAAUUGAACCUUUUCAUUGCAGUGAAUUUCAUUUUUAUAAAAUGAAUUACAAUGUCUAUAGUUACCAUUAUGUAAUAGCUUCACAUGGUUAUUCUGACCCUGAUGAAAUAAUCAGAGUAUGGAAUGAGCAAAGAAGUGUCGGCAAUGCAUAAAUACUUUUAAUUCAGUAUGGUGUCACCUGGAGCUGGGAGGCAGAUCUUAUACAUACAAAUAAAACUGUGGAUGUUUAAAUCUAGUCCAAUAGCCAAAAAUGUUAACUAAUUUUAAAUAUUGUGAAAAAUCAGUUACCUAAUAUAUAAACAUCACUUGUAAAUGACAAAGCGUGACAUCCAUUCAGUAAUAGUGAAUUUCACCAAUCUGUAAUACUCAUAAUUAUGUAAAUGGUGAGUAAUUAGCUGAUUUUAUUGCCAGUGUGACUGACAAAGAAUUUGCUUAUAUAUCAUCUGGUGCUAUAGUUGAUAUGCCAAUUCAAAAUUUUUUUCAUUUUAAGAAACCAAGUGAUGCAUGUGAUCUAGCAGUACAGGAGUGAUGGCAAAACUUUGAGCUGAGUGGAAUUUUUUUAUUGCACCUACCCUUUUUGUAGAACACAUUUAUUGUGACAACCUCUGUAUCUUACGUCCAAGGUAAACGUUAUAAUUAAAAUCUAUUUAAGAUAAUGUACUGAUAAUGUAAAAAUAUAUAAAUUCACUGCUCAUUUACAAUUAAGAUGAUCUCAUUUAUGGUGUUAGCAGACAAUGCAGAACAAGUUUUAAUCAUAUUUCAUUUAGACCAUUUUUUUAGUAGAAAUAAUUUAUAAUUAAGUUUUCACUGUAAUCAUUAUUUUACUGAAAGGCAGAGAAGAAGCAAAUGUUAGCAGUAUGGCACUGUUGGUGUCUUGGCAAUGUUGAAAUUAUUAGCAAAUUGAAUUACGAUAUAAUUUUUUUAUUGUAUUCUAAAUGGAGUAUUUCAAAUCUUGUGAACAAGAUGGCUCAUUGUCUGUUAACUUAAAUAGAUGUUCCUGAGCUCACACUAAAAGACUGACAAAGAAUGUAUAAUGGAGAUGUUAAAUGAGUGGAGCCAGAAAUUAAAGAAGAAAGCAGUGAUAUUGUUAAUUACAUGGAUCAUUUUGGGUAAACUUUUAUUAUUAGAACUGCUGAUGUUAAUCUCACAACCAAAAGACUGAGAGAGAAUGUAUAAUGUAAUUGUAUAAAAGAACCAGGAACUAAUAAAGCAGAAAUUCUGCUGAUGAGAUGAAUUAUUUCUACUUGUCCAAAAUGUUCCUGAGUUACAUAAGAAAUGUACUGAACUAAAUUAUUGUUGUCAACGGAGGCAUCCGAUGCCACCCGUCGGUUUUGACCUGUGAUGUAAGGGUGGUGUUGUGUGACGUCAUGAUGGCAUGGAGUUCAGUUUAUGAGUGUGUUGUGUUUGUAGAUGUCGUCUUGUUGCGGUUGGUGCCCUCUGGUGGUGUGUAUAUGGUCCGCGUGUUAUGUGGUGUAUUGGGUUCAUUUGGGUGUUGGUGCUUGAAGUGUGCAUUUAUCGGUCGUGACUGUUGUAGAAGAACGGAAAUUUUGAUGUUAUUGGUUUGCUGUUUGUCGCGCGGUAAGUCAUUUAAUUCAGUUUGGAGAUAUGUGGUUUUUGGUGUCGUGAGCUGCUGUUGACCUAUAUAGGUCAAGGGAAGUGUCAUAUUCCAAUUUUUGUUGUUUUAGGUGUUGGUUUUGUGGUAUCGACAGUCAUGGUGUGAGUAUAAUUUUUGGAAUAGUUGGUUUUUAUUUUGUGGUAUCGACAAUUGCAAUUGAGCUCUGUAGGUGAAGGGAAGUGAGCGAUUCCUGUCGAUAUUGUAAUUGUAGCGGAAUUUGGGAAUUUUGUGGUGUUUUUAGGUCAUCAUUUUGUGUGGUUCGGGAUCAUGGUGUGUGUGUGUGUGUUUAUAUUUAGUUUGUCUCCAGCCAGAAACCCCUAAUUUCCCACAUUGGUCCAGUUAGUCUCAUUAUAUUUUUGGAGGGAGAUGUUUGUUGGUUUUAUAUGUAUUUUCAUGUCCGUUGUCGUGUUUAUGUAAUGAUGUCAUAAGCGUGUAUUGGAGACAUUAAGAAUGAUUGUUUCCGCCAUAUUGGUGAUGUCAUAGGUCAAAGCAGACAGGUGGAAUCGGACUCUUCUGUAUUCUCGUUGUUGCCUACCAACUAACUUUUACAUACACAUUUCACAGAUAUAUUUUAUAACAAGUCUGACAUGUUUUAUAUUUUUAACAAUUGUUUUGUAGUAGUUAUGAGGACCACUGACAUUAGCCUUCGCAGACUGUAUUGUAUGAAUCGGGAUCAGUAGGCAGAAGUAAUGUUAGAAGUCUCAGACUAGCUAACACUCUUGUUUUCAUUAAAUGCUUGCAUUUGCUAUUUUGCCUAUACUAAAUUCAUCAAAACAUUUCCUUACAUCAGAAUGACUUCUUCUGUUUUCUGGUCAUAUAACUGUAUUUAGAGAAAUAUGAGAUUUGUAAUUUUUUCUUUCAUCUGGCAUUAGUCAUAAUGUUCCAGUGCCAUGAACCAAUUAAAAAAUUCAGUUCUUCUUUAUGCUACUGUAAUUAGAACUCUUAGUCUAAAUUUGAUGGAAGGUGCAUAUUUUCAAUCCAGGUAGGUUCAAAAAUUUAAUACCUCAUUUUGCAAUGGCCGAGGACCUAUUCGUUGAAAAGUACGUUAAAAUAUAUGUAAAAAGAAUAUUCAUCUAACGGAAAAAGAUCUGAGAUAACUCGCUUCUAGUGCGACACUUUUGCCUGUGCCUUAAAAAUAUGCAAAAUUGUUUUAUACUGUUAUAAUGUAUCAUCAAGAGUAUGUGGUAUUUGAGUAUUUCGUUCCCCCACGUACAUCAUUUAGUACUUUUGCUAGUAUAGAUGCUUUCCUACUCAUCUAUAAUAAUUGGCAUUAUUCAGUUUCCAUUGCUUCUCUUUCUCAGCCAGAUCUGUGGGCGUUUCGAACUGUGCAUCAGUGCAAGCAUAUUCAGCAGUGCUUGUAUAUAUGUCAUAAAAACCGAUUACUUUCUUUAUUAAGAAACUAAUAUCUGUAUCUCUUAAGUUUGUUGCCAAAUCCAAGAUUAGAUGAAAAUAAUGGUGGUGAUCCGGCAGGGGGAGAAGUGGUGGCAUAAACUCUUUGAUCACCAGUCUUUGUGCCAAUGUCCUGUGUUAAAUCCCAAAUGUCUCCACAUUGUCUCAUGAGGUGAGGCCAUUUGGCUCUGUUGACGGUGGUCCAUCUGUAGUAUGGGAACGUUAAGUUCUUCGCCCCUCUGAUGCUAUUUGAGAGAAGUAGGCUAAGUGCUGGCACCAGGUUUCACACUCCCCCCCCCCCCCCACCCCCCGUCUCCCAGCCAUUUGUGCCAUACAAUUUUAGAUUACAAGCAGAAUUUGUGAAUGACUUUUGCAGUAUUUUUUAGACUUCUUAUUUAACUCCCAUGGGUCACCAGUGUGACUUCAUUGAAGUGCACCACCUCUAGCAGUAAGUUAUAACUUCAUGGUAAGAUAGUAAGAUUAUAGCUUCACCUUUGUCAUUGUAUUUUCCUGCAAAUGAGAGGUAUUUUGUUUUCUAUGAUAAUGUUACCGGGAAACUCCUAUUUUCACCUAUUAAAAAAGAAAUUUAUCCACUGUUAACACUAGUAUUUUCUAAACUGCUUACAACUGUGUGUCUUGUCUUCAGUAUUUUCUGUCAUUUACACAGAAUUUUUAUUUUUCAUUUUAAUUUUUUUAUGAAGCCUUGAUAUUUAAUUCUUAUUCUAGGUGUAGGAAGAUAAAACAUUGACAGAAGUGAAACUCUAAUCCAUGAUUUCCCUAAAUCACUUCAGGCAAAUGCUGGGAAUAGUCCCUCUGAAAGGGCAUGACCGAUUCCUUCCCUAAUCCGAUGGGGACUAAUGACCUCACUGUUUGGUCCCAUUCCCUCAAAUGAACCAGUCUAUGUUAGAACUGGAAAGGAGAAAGUAAGACUGCACAGGAUCUGCCUCAUAUAACAGAAGAGUUCUUUGAAAUGUACAUUGGGAACUCCGUUAAAAACUAACAGUCAUUUAUUUAUUUAUUUUUUAUUGAAAGUGUGUGAUGAAGACAAAAUGACAGAGUACUAAACUGAGAAUAUAGAUUUUAGUGAUGUCACAUGAACUUUAAUGAUCUGUAUCUGAGUAUGUACACCAGUAGUAUGGAAAGAUAUGUUAGGCAGUCAGUUGUUCCGAAAAGGGAAACAAUUCAUUAAUGUUAAAGUUGUAAAUUUGGAGCCAUGUGCUUCCAAUCCCUGUACAAGUCUGACAAGUCUUUAGGUUUCUUAGUUGUUUAAGGCAAAUGCUGUAAUAGUUCCUUUUGAAAGACCAUGGUUACUCAUACGCCCAAUCCUUCUGUUAACUGAACAAGAGUCCUAACUUUUAUAGUUCAGACCACCACACCCUUUCGUAUUAUGUAGGGAUGUAAAUUAUUACAAAAUCAUGUGUAUUAAGCAACACACAAUUUGAUCAUAGCAGAAACGGGACAAGAUUGCUGCUUACUUUUUAUUUUUCCACUCUUAUCUACCCAGUGAUACAGGAUUUACUUUUGACACAGCUUAUAGCUUCGUCUUUUGGAGAUACAAAUGAAAGUAUCAUUUGAACCUAGAAAUUUAUCCACCUAUUAAAAGAAGUAAACAUUCCAUUAACUUUUGUACAUUCAUGUUACAUUGUGGAAAAUUGGAAAUUUGUGAUAAGGUCUUAUGGGGACCAAACUGCUGAGGUCAUCGGUCCCUAAGCUUAUACACUACUUAAACUAACUUACGCUAAGGACGACACAUGUUACCUUGUGUGUUUCGUUGCUCUAUUCAUAGUUUGUUAUUAUGAUCCAGAUAUAGGCAUAAAAUACAAUUGAGCCGUCCAUAAGUUGUAUGUCACAUAAUUCUAUGUUUGUACUGAAAUAUUUUGUGUUAUGUCAGUUUAAAAAACUAUUUGUA